AUGUCUGCACAAGUAGAACUCACCGUCUCAACCACCUCGUCCAUCUUGUUGGCCAGAGACGUUGCAUUGAAUAAGAGGAGGGAGGGAAGACUGUACCACACCCGAGGCACUUCAAUGUGCCUGUAUUCCUUCUUCCCCACCCUGCGGUUUUCUCUGGCACUGGAGGUCACUACCUUGAUGGGACGCACAUUUGUCGCCACACUGGCCAAGGCGAUGCCGGAGGCGGGAUACCGUAGCUAUGGAGGUUAUGGCGGCGGACACGUCGGCGGCUACGGUGGAUAUGGAUAUGGAUAUGGUGGAUAUGGUGGAGGCCACGGUGGUGGCUACGGCGGCUACGGUUACGGGCGCUGA